AAAAUCAGAUACAAAUGACAGAUUAGAUACAGCCAACAAAUCUUCCCUAUAAAACCGAACCCUCACCCCCCUUUUUCUGCUUGCCCUGUCCCUUCCCUCCGCCGCCGUUUCCUCCACCUUCUGCUACUUCCCCCCCUACGUUCGCAGUCGCAUUCGACGGAAUGGCUGCAAAACACCCACAACCACCUCCUUCCACCGUCAAAAUCAGAAGAACCACCAGCUCCGACGGUAGUGGAUCUGGAUCUAUCAUUCUUGGAAAAUACCAAUUGGGUCGUCUUUUGGGUCGUGGUAGCUUUGCGAAAGUGUACCUUGGCCGUUGCUUAGAUGACAAUACUGAAGUCGCUGUGAAAGUUAUUAAUAAAUCUAGCACUACCAUUGAUGCUUCCAUGGAGCCUCGUAUAAUCCGUGAAGUGUCCGCCAUGCGCCGCCUUAAUCACCACCCAAAUAUCCUCAAACUCUAUGAAGUUAUGGCUACAAAAACCAAGAUCUACUUCGUUAUGGAACUAGCUCACGGCGGUGAGCUUUUUGAAAAGAUCAAUCGCCGUGGCCGGUUUUCUGAAUCUACCGCCCGGUUUUAUUUUCAUCAGCUUGUCUCCGCCUUACACUUCUGCCACCAAAACGGCGUCGCUCAUCGUGAUAUCAAGCCACAAAAUCUCCUCCUGGAUAAAGAUGGUCACCUCAAGAUCUCCGAUUUCGGACUCUCCGCCUUACCGGAGCAGUUACGGAACGGUCUCCUUCACACCGCGUGUGGUACGCCGGCGUAUACUGCUCCGGAGGUGGUUUACAGGAAAGGUUACGACGGAGCUAAGGCGGAUGCUUGGUCAUGUGGGGUUAUUCUGUUUGUGUUCCUCGCCGGAAGCUUACCAUUCGAUGAUAGCAAUUUGCCGAAUUUGUACAAAGCUAUACACCGGCGUGAAUUUCAGUUUCCCGAUUGGGUUUCAAAGCCAGCUCGGAGGAUAAUUAACCGGCUGCUUGAUCCUAAUCCGGAAACGAGAUAUGGAAUUGAAGAGCUCAUGAACACUCAAUGGUUUAAGAAAUCAUCAUCAAUGAAACAAGAACAGAGUACGAAGCAAUUUGGUGAGGGGAUUUUGGAGAAGGAAAGUAAACACAUGGAAAGAUUGAACGCAUUUGAUAUAAUUUCAAUGUCUUCCGGGUUGGAUUUAUCUGGAUUAUUUGAAGCAGGAAUGAAUAAGAAGGAGAUGAGAUUUACGACGAAUGUAGAUCUAGCAUCAGUAGAAGAAAGGGUGAUGAAUAUCGGAAAAUCUGAAGGGUACAGAGUAGAAAAAAGGAAGAAUGGUGGAAUAGGGUUGGUGAAAGGUAGAGUUGUUUUGUUAGUUGAAAUCUUGGAGGUGGCAAAAGAAUUAUGGUUGGUGGAGUUUAAAGUGGUGAAUGGUGUAUCAGAAUUCGAGGAUCGUCAAUGGGAAGAACUGAAAUCUGGAUUGAAAGAAAUAGUUGUUUCAUGGUACAAUGAUAAUGAUGUUGAGGCUGUGGUGGAGCCAGAAUUUCUGUGAACCGGGGUCAAACUGGUGGUGAUGGUGGAUGGCGAUUUUGGCUGGGAUAAUGACAAUGGCCGGAGGGCGUUGUAUAGUUGGUAGACAUCAUGGAUACUUGUUCCAGUAUGUUUAGACAGUAAAUUAGGCUUGCCUUGUUAGUCUUUUAUUGAUUUUUCAGUGGAUAUCAGUUUCUUGGUUUA